AUGUCGGGCUUCCCUCACUGCGCCCUCAGCGCCGACCAAGACCCUGCAAACCCACCGCGACGCAAUGCCCCGCGCCAUGUCCAGUCGUCUAGCCAGAUAGCAACACCCACGAGCUCUUCGGGCCUUGCCACCCCGCGCAGCAGCAGCCAGGCCCAGUUGCAGGCCCAGUUGCAGGCCCAGCUGCGCGCCCCCGUGCCCGCCCAGCCUGCGCGCCCCCAGCCCCCACGCUCGGCCACCACCUCUGAGUUCUGGGACUGGGAAAACGCAAUCGACUUCACCGACGUCGCCGAGUUCUACGAGCCUCAGGGCGAGCUCACCACCGCCCGGUACCAGCCUCCCGCCCAGGAUUUCAGCUUCCCCCACGCCGUUGCCGCCUCCGACCUCAGCGCCGGUGCAAGCAGCCCGAGGCUUACGUCCUCCGCCGGCUCUCCCUUCCUGGAUGCCCAGCCUGCGAGCAAUCCCUUCUCCGCCUUUCCUUCCGCCCUGCUUUCCCAGCCGGCCAUGAAGAGAAAGGACCGUUCCGAGUCGGCCUCUGUUGGCUCCGCCGCCGCCGUGCCGUUCGGCAUUGAAGCCCUCCAGGAGCCAGCCGCCAAGCGUACUGCAACGUCGCGCUCUUCCUCUGUGGCAGACGAAAGCCCUACGCUGACGCAGGGCGCCACCUUUACGAACGCCCCAGUGGGGUCCCCAGAAGGGCAUGGUAAUGCCGCCAGAGUGACUCCCAUGACCGCCGCCGCUCAUUCGGGAAGCCAAUCCGCGCCGGCUGGCUCCGCAAGUACCCCCAGUGCAGCCCAGCCAGUAGCCACGCGGCCACGCAAGAUUCCUGAGCUCUCGAGCAAUUAUUCGGCCAUCUUACCUGCCGGCAAAGUCUUCCCCAUCCAAAUAGGAAAUGAACUAUUCCGGCUCUCCGGCGCCUCCAUCUCUUCAGAUGCACCCUCGUAUUUCUCGCAUUUCUUUGCCGAGCAGCUGUACAACAACCCCAGCGGAAAGGCCGGUGACGUGAAAACGUUAUACAUCGACCGCGAUCCAACCACUUUCAAGGACAUCUCCCUUCAUCUUCAGGGCUACUACGUCAGGCCCCGCGAUGGAGAGCAUUUCGUCCGCCUGUUUGCUGAUGCCCAGUUUUACAGCUUGCCUCGUCUGACCCAACAGCUUUUCAAAUCGGAAAUUUUCAUUCAGAUCGGCGGUCGUGACUUUCAGAUUCCCCGAGAUCUCUUUUCUAGCCCUGGAGACUCACCGAAUUUCUUUUCUCUGGGUUUCGCGCAUUUCUUCACAACUCCUCAAGAAGUUUUCCCGGGACUGGAUCGUCAGACCCUGCUUCGACCACCAUCGAUCCUACCGCCAUCUGUACCGAACCGAUCUGCACAAACAUUCGAGGAUCUCUUGCGCUUGCUUCAAGGCUAUCCUCUACACAUCCGGAACGAAGGCCAUCGGGCUGAUCUGAUCCGGGACGCACGAUACUUCCAUUUCAAAGGCCUCGAACAACGUCUUCUCCCCUGCGAAAUCAUGUACAACCUCGCGCGCGAAAGGUCAGAAAUAGUCAUGCGCCUAGAGGACAUCCGCCAGUCAGGCGUUUCGUUCUCGCCCGAAGUGGAAUCGUUCUCGGGCGCAGACUCUACUUCAAGCGCUGCUGCAACUCCAGCCCCAGGACCACCGCCGAGCGUGGGCGGGAGUACUCGCGCUGGGUGGGUCACCUAUGCACGACCAUAUGCAGAUGAAUCCGCGUACGAGCUUAUAUUGGAGCUCUCAGGCGAAUCGGCGCGAAUCGACGUGCAGUCAAUGCGUGCCACGUUCUACGGCGACACAAAGGCUCGCAUCUCCAGUCUUUUCCAAGUCAUCGCCAGCAAAAUGGGCCUACCGGCGACUCAACCACUGGGUCUUAUGAUGCUGCAAACAGGCGGCGGCGUGGCUGCUCAACCUGCGAGCCCAGCAAACUCCGGAGUAAGUGGUGAUAGAGUCAAGAUCGCCAUCGGCUCCGACUGUUCGAUCGACCUGGAUGGAGUGCGAGUGCUGGCUGAGAAGCGAGACCGUGAGACUGGCCAGACUUUUGAUCCGCAGUCGAGCUUGCUCCUGCGUCUGAGAACGCCCGAGGCCGACGACGAAAUACCCCUGGACUGGGUGAUCUCGAAAAGCCAUUGGAGACUGCGAGUUCAGCCUCGGCGAUUCGACGGUGAAUCUCGGGUUGAAGUCAUCAUGCAUGCCGUCAAGCUUGACGCAUAUGCAGGAGAGGCGGCAAGGAACGCACGGAGAGGGUUUCUCGUAUAA